UCGCUAACAAACUAUCUGCAGAGUGAUUUAGCCAAUGGCGCUACGCCUUGCUAAUGGUCCAGGAGUAACAACCGUUAAAGAGGAAAAGUGAUUGGUACUGAACAGUGAAAUCCAGAUAAAACUGUAAAUCAGGUUGUUUGUAAUAAUGAUCGGAUCUGCUAAGACAUUAUAUGAAAAUGGGAUCGUUACUGAUUUUCCUUCUGCUUCUAAAUGAAUUUUGGAUAUAUACAGUUGCAUCAGAAUUCCCUUUAUUCGGCAAAAAGUUACGAACGAAGACAAUAGGUUUUUAUAAGCCUACAUGACUGCACCCUCUGAAUUUAUGUUUUUCAUUUUAGUGAGCCGAGCCUUUGCAGAUUUGCUGCAGAGCGAAUUAGCCAAUAGCACAGCGUUUUACCAAUAGUUGAGUUACAAUCGCAGAACCGUCAAAGAAGAGUAAAUUUUAUUUAAAAAAGUGUCUGGUGUUGAAAAGUAGCAUUUUGGUCAAAAGGAAAACUUAGAUGGUAUUUCGCACAAAAAUACGUGAUACGUUAUUACUGUAACAAUAUAUAAAAAUGGAAACGUUACUAAGCUUUCUUCUUCUACUGAAUGAAUUUCGGAUAUAUACAGCUGCAACAGUUGAGCCUUAACAGAUUUGCUGCAGAGCGAAUUAGCCAAUAGUACCAACGUUUUACCAAUAGUUGAGGAGUUACAAUCGCAAAGAAGUGUAAAGUUUAUUUAGAAAAGUGACUGGCGUUGAAAAGUGGCAUCCUGGUCAAACGGGAAACUUAGAUGGUCUUUCGCACAAAAAUACAGGAUAUGUUAUUACAAUAUUAGAAAAUGGGACCGUUAUUAACAUUUCUUCUGCUACUGAAUGAAUUUCGGAUAUUUACUACUGCAACAGGUUGUGGUGAUGAACUACAGAAAUAUUGCUUGUCUAGGUUCCAUGACGUUCCGCAAGAGGAAAUGACACAAGAACAAAGGUUACUAUACCGUCUGAUGAAGUCUUAUGAUAGGGCAUCACGUCCAGUGUUUGACGCAAAGAAACCAGUCGAUAUAAAGCUUGGCAUCAGUCUAACCCAAGUUCUUGAUGUGGAUGAGAAAAACCAAGUUCUUACAACCAACGUAUGGCUUGACCAGGAAUGGUCAGACGAGAGACUCGUUUGGAACAACAUAUCAGAGUUUUCAAAUAUCAACAUUCUUCGUAUACCAUGUGACCUAAUAUGGCUUCCAGAUAUAGUUUUAUACAAUAGUGUCGACAGCCACAACAAAGGGUACAUGAAAAGUCUUGCUAUGGUUCAAAACACGGGCCACGUGUUCUGGCCCCCGAUAGUGCGCAUGCGCAGUUCAUGUAAAAUGGACAUCACAUUUUUCCCGUUUGAUGACCAAAUUUGCAAACUGAAGCUUGGAUCUUGGGCGUAUGAUGGGUUUCAGGUCGAUGUUAGCAACAGAAGUCUUGAAAUUGACCUAACCAACUUCGUUGACAAUGGCGAAUGGACACUAAUUGACACAAAAGUACAACGCAACGUCAUCUACUAUCCGUGCUGCCCUGAACCUUUUCCUGACGUUACGUUCUAUGUACAGCUACGCCGACGUGUCCUGUACUAUUUCCUUAACGUCAUUAUUCCCUGUAUGCUGUUGUCUUCAUUGACGUUGACCGGUUUCUUAUUGCCGCCAGACAGCGGCGAAAAGAUUACCCUGGGUCUAACAGUCCUCCUGGCAUUUUCUGUCUUUAUGUUGUUAAUAGCAGAAAAUAUGCCACCCACGUCGGAAUAUAUUCCACUGAUAGGAAUUUAUCUUACAAUAAUCAUGGCAAUGAGUGCAUUAUCGGUCGUCUUCUCGGUAUUCGUUCUCAACUUUCAUCACAAACGAAGUGGAUCUAUUCCCCCGCCACCUUGGAUUAAAUCGAUUGCAAAGUUUGCGUCACUCAUGACGUGUACAACGCUUACAUUUAACAGUGACAUUUAUACUUCUACAAAAGUUCAAAGAAGUGUUCCAAAAGAGCACAACAUAACGGAAUAUAAUCUUAUAAAUGUCAACAACCAGGAUGACGAAAUAGAGACUUGUGAACAUUUAUUAGAUAUCCAUACGAACUCACAGUGUACCGAAAGUCACAAGAACGUUAAGAGUUCAAAUAAUAACACAAACGGAAGGGCACAUUUACCAUUAGUUGAAAACAUUCUGUCAGAUUAUGUAAACAGAGUGCUAUCUGGAUAUGACAGAUUAAGAGAGGAGAGCCAAGUGAUCAGUGACUGGAAAGAGAUCGCGAGAGUGUUUGAUAGAAUGUUGUUUCUCAUAUUUGCCUUUAUUACGUUCAGUUCCACAUUGACUCUGCUUGUUAUAUGUCCAUUUACUAAAUCCAUUACAAUUGAAGACUUUAUGAAUGAGGAGUCUUAGAUUAUGUACAAAUUGUACACGGCGAUAUCUUUAAGCGGUCCGCUUCAAAGACAACUGGUUUUCUGACAUUGGCAUUUUGAAAACAACUUUACGAUGUUACUACAUGUAUGUUAAAAACCGAUAAACUGUGAUUAAAUAUCAUUGAUUUCAGAAACAGUUAUUUCAAUGAUUCAUAUUGUUUUUAUAUCUAUUUUUUGUUAGAUUUGUAUUCGUUUGUGUAAAUUUUUAAUGUCUAUUCAAAACACUUUUGAACGUGUAUACGCAUGAAAAGAGUGCCAUAUAGAUAUAAUAAUAAUAAUAAUCAUCAUCAUCAUCAUCAUCAUCAUCAUAAUCAUACUAAUAUUACAUGAAAAGGGCGUUAAAACUCAAAUAAUGACAUUUAUAUAAAUUAACUUCGCAGUUCCUAUAACAACAAUGCGGUUUACCAUGCACAUUAAAUUUCAUAUCUUUUAAAUGAAUGUCACGAGGGUCAAGUGGUCUAACACAGUGUGCUUCCUUAUAAUAUUUAUAUAUAUUUUGGAGAUACAACUUACCGGCUUUAUGAUAAUUCUUCAGUUCGUAUUAUGCAUCCUCAUGUGUUACGGGUCAAGGUUAGAGGCGGUCAAAAUGGUAACGCACAAACAUAAUUAUAUUUAGAUAUAUACUACAUGUUUCCAUAUAAUCUUUUACUGGAUGUCAAGCUAGCUUACGGAAGGUCUGUGGCUCUUACUCGGGUACUAAUCUAUGCCAGGGCACUUGGGGGUCUUCUUCUACCAUCAAAGUCUGCUGGACAACUCGCCACAUGACCCUAACUGCGUCUGUGCGACUCUAAAUCAAACAUAACAAAUAAAGCUUACUGCUUGUGAUUGGUAACUCCCUCAUGCAUGUUCUGUCAAGCCGUAAUGGAGAACAUUCGGAUUGCCUCGAGUUCCUCCAUCACAUUUUAUGCUAACCAGUGGUUGAAAAGCUUGCACUAAAUGUGAUAUGAACUAAAUCCAUUGUUCAAAUUUUCAAUUAACAUUAGUUUGUUAGAGACUAACUAGCUAAUACUUUUAAUACAUAAAAUGUCCUUGGUACUUAGUUAAAUUUUAUUGAACGUAAACUUUUAAAUGUAAUUAAAAUUCCAUGCUAGUGAAAUAAUAUCUUUGACAAUCAUACUUUUUACAUUUUUAAUGGUAUGUUAUUUUAUUUCGGUUAACGUAAUCAGUGUUCCUGGAUUCUGUAACAGCACUGACUUGUUUUUAAAUAACUGAUAUCUCCCCAACCACCACCAUCCCGUGAAUGUUAUGUAGAGAACGAACGAGGUGAGACAUACUGUCUUCUAUCAGAUCAACACAGAGAAUUUACGUCUUAUCUGGACUUCAAAGUCGCGACCUCUAUCCAUAGCUCCUACUGAGCUAACAGUGUGGAUUAUAUUUGUUAGUAGCUGACAGUUAUUCAGUACGUGGAUCUGUAAGAGACGACAGUUCCAUUUAUUAUGUCAAUAAAAUGCUUUCAGGAUAUCAGACUACAAGAAGAAAGUCUAUAAUUAAAAACUUGGAAGUGAUUUCGACGUUGGUUGAUUGAUGCAUUUUCAAAUAAUUGUCUGCAUCAUAUUAGGUUCAACGGGGACCCUUAAAAAUUUACCAUUGAUAUGGAAGCGUACCCCUUUAAUAGCUCUUAUACUAGUAAUUAAACAAACAGUAACCAUUAAUUAAAGACAUGUUAAAACAGUCAAAUGAUUUAUGACUGUACAAAUAUACGAAGGCCUUUGAUAAAUAUUUUUUAUUUCCUUCUUCGCUCCUUAUAUGUCCUAUUACAAUGCAGUUACUAUGUAUGCAUUCGCUGCAAUAGAAAUAGUUGUCGAAGGGAACGUUGAAAUGGAACAUUUGUUAGCUUGUAACUGCUUCAAAAACCCUACUAAGGUAGUGAAUCCGUACUGACACUCGGCAAUGUUCGGGUAAUUACGUAUGUUCAUUAAGCAGUUCGGCAUUCUUCAUACGUAAAAUAGUUAAAAGUGCACAUAACUUGACGUAAAAGACUAAAAACGGCCGCCACACGGCACUUAAAAAUUGCUGUUGUUUUCAAAAUUUGGUCUCGCUGUCAAAGAUAUGCAUAUAUGUCCUGCAACUUUAGGUUUUCGGUAUAUUUGAGGAAACUCUAAACGUCUUUGAGUUCGUUUUUUUUCUAAACCACAAUAUGAACUAUAAGUUAAAAGUAGGACAAUAUUCCAGAAUACAAAGAUAUAAAUGAAGUGAAGGAAGUGGAAGUGGAUAUUUAUAAACUAAUUCUUGUUAUUUGUACUAUAACCGAAAAGUCAAAAGUGUCAUUGUAGUAUCACAAACGAAAAAGUAAUUAAACUUUUUUACCUGGAAACAUUCAAUCCAUAAAUUUGACGUUAUUAUCAAUAAAUUGUUUGCUUAGAAUAGAAAUUAAAAUAUUCUCUAUAUUAUGUGCAAAUAUUUUAUACAAAAUUAAAAAGUAUUGUAGGAAAUUA